CUCUCCAUCGCUCCCCCACCCACACACAGCUCACAGCGCAGGCAGAGGAAGCGAGAAGCGAGCCACCAAGAAACCACCCAAAGGUUUGCACAAUGGCCGCUUCUCAGCUCACCAUCCUCUCCGUCCUCGCGCUCCUGGCCGUGGCCGCGACCGCUCAGGCGCCCGGAGCGGCCCCCGCGGCAGCGCCCCAGGCCCCGCCUCCCCCGCCGGCGACCCCGCCCCCGGCAAUGGCGCCCCCUACCCCGGCGCCUGUGUCCCCGCCCCCUACCGCGGCCCCUGCGCCCGCGCCCACCGUCGCCCCCACGCCCUCCGCCACCGCGCCGGCGCCCGCCGACUCCCCGAUGUCCUCCCCUCCGGCGCCCACCCCGGACAUGUCGCCCUCGCCCACCGCCGAGCCCGCCACCCCGGGCAGCGGGGCCGCUGGUCUCAGCCCCGCCUUCGUGUUGGCCGCCGCCGCGGUCGCCAUCUACGCCUUCUAGAUGACCCGAUGAUGUAUCAUUUCAUUGUUUCUUUGCAGCUUUUGUUCCAUUUCUCCCCCUCUUUGCCCCCUUCCGUCCGCACAUUGGUGUACCCUCAUCUUCUGCUGUAAUUACGAGCAUUGAUUUAAUUUAUGCAUUUCACCAUUAUUCUUGUA